AUGUCGAUCCCUUAUGAUGAGGCUAAACUUAAAGAACUUGAAGAAGAACAAGAAAGAGAACGAAUUCGAUUAGCAGAAGAGCUAGAAUUGCAAAGACAACUGCAAGAAAAAGAGGACCUGAAAAUACGUAUUGGAGAAUUAGAAGAAACUAGAACACUGAUCAAUGAACAAAAUCAACAUUUAAAACAAAUUGAAACAGAAUAUCAAAAUCAAUAUGCUUGGGAAAGAUAUUUUCAAUGUGAUGGUUCUCCGGAUCCAAGCAAUCAGAAAGAAAUCAAUACAUACAUCAGUUUAUGGGAUUCUGAUGAACAACGUGUUUCUAUGGAAGAUGUAUUGGAGGAUUGUUUGAAAACAUUUAAAAUUAUUGAUGAAGUGAACAAAUCAAUUGCACAUUUAAACAAUGUUGAUCAUGAUGAUGAUCAUGAUCAUGAUGAAGAUGACCGCAAUGAAGAUAAAAUAAAUUUAUUAAAAUAUGAAAAUAUAAAAUAUGAAUUAAGAGAACAGAUUUAUCGAAAAUUAGAUCGAUCUAUCAUUGAAACUUUGUCAAGAGCAAGUUAUUAUGCUGAUCAUGAAACAACAAAUUUACAAAAAAUUUGGUAUAAUGAUUAUAUUGUCAUGUGUAUUUGGGGUAAUUUAUCGAAAAAUCCAAGAAUUAAACAAUUUACAUUUAAUGAAAUCGAUGUCACAUUUGACAUACCGAAAGCAUUAACACUGUCAGAUUGUGCAUUUUUAAUAAAUUUUAUGAAAUUCGACAAUUAUUCAUUCCGAUGCUCAUCGUAUUAUCCAUGUAAACUAACGAAAUUAAUCAAUACAGAAGAGGUGAUAAUUCAAGAAAACAAUAUUGUUUCAACUGAAGAAAAUCAACCGAUUGAAAUGAAGCCAGAUGAAGAAACUUCACCAAAUCUGGAUGAGGAACAACCGGAAACAACUGAAGUAGAAGAAACAACUGAAAUUCCACCGGAAGAUCGAAUCCCGACACCAGAACAUGAGAAUUGGAUAAAAACCAACAUGGAAGAGGAUGCAGUCGAUUUAGGCAAUUUUCAUGUAAUCGGUGGUAUUAUACGCUUUGAAUUGUUCACAUUACCUCGACAACCGAAAACAGUGAAAGGAUGGACUGUGACAACUUGUGUCAAACCUCCAAUACUACAUCCAUUCGAGUAUAUCGUUGAAACAUGUGAAGAAGUCAAAACAGAAAAUGAGACGACGGUUGAUGAAACUCCACGAAAACAAGAAAAAAAAGAAGAGAAACCACCAAUUCAAAUUAAAAUUCGUAUGCCAAAAUCGAUAAUCAUUGUAGAAGAUCCAUUAAUGGCUAGAUGGGAUCCCGUGAAAUUACAAUGGCGUACAACAGGUAUUCAAUUAGUCAAAUUUAAUGAAGAUGACAAUACUGUUGUAUUUUGUACAAGUGUUUUUGGUAUCCUAGCUAUAUUUCAAGAUUUUCACAUUAAUAUGCCAUUUCAAUAUUGGGAACUACGUCCUUUACCAUUAAAACGAAAUACAAAAACAACAACAGUAUCAGAUUCCGGUCAGUCAGAUGUAAAUAUUACAAACACUUUACAAAUAAAUGAACAACGAUCCACUUCAGUAAUUCGAUCAACUACACCUAUUGGGAAAACAAAAGAAAUAACACAUGAAACGCCAACAAAUCAAGAAAACGUUAGUAUAACACCAGAAUCCGCCAAAACAGAACAUAAACAGAAUAAUGAUGUCGCAGACAAAUCAAAAGAAUGUAUCAUUCUUGGACCGGUAAAAAACAUUGGUUUAUCCGAUAGUGAAUAUCAAUCCAUCCUACUGUCAUCAUCAGCAUCCGUCGUUAUAAAUCAAUGUUUAUUAACGAUCACCGCUGGUUGUAUUGAACUUCGUCUGCAUAUUUUAGGUGAUCGAAUUGCAGUACUCCCAAGUAAUCCAUCAUCGUUGACAGGAAGUAGCGCUAAUGAUAGUUCAAUGUUCCAAAAAUACUCAAAUAAACCGGAUAAAAAUGAUCCGGAUUCAUUUAAACAUACUAAACGUGAAUUAUAUCAUUUAUGGGGUCGAUGGUUUACGUUGAAUGAAUUAAUCACUGUAUUACAACAAUCUGGUAUGAAUAUAUUUCCUAGAGAAGAUUCAGUCAGUCGGAUUGAAUGUCUUGAUAAGAGUCGUCUUGUUGAAGAGAAUCUCUAUGAACAUAUGGCUUUAUUAAGUCCAUCAAUGGCUUUCGGUUGGUCAAGAUGGAAUAGUGAAUGUCAUGAUGAUCAUACAAUUAUUUUAACCGCUGUUGAACAUGUUGAUUGUGAUGAUUCAGUUGAUGAGGUAAAACUGUUAUUGAAUUUUUAA